CAAAAUUCCCUCAAAGCGCGGCAAAACUAUUGUGGACUCGGCCAUGGACGCAGACGGUGACGACACCGAGUACGCGCUGCGUCCGCCCGUCGCACACCGACGCGAUACCAUCACGCGCCAGCUGCAGCGCGAAAUUCUGGGCGAAAUGGCCGCUGACAGAGUGCAGGAAGAGCCCUCGGAUGCGUCACAAGAGCACGAGCAGAAGUCGGAGGAGGAUGAGCCGCCGUCGACGCCAUCGAAGCGGCGCACGCUGUCGCCUGGCAAAGCAAUGCAGCUGCUACCAGACGUGGAGGCGCUGGACGCCGCCAUAUCCAGGCGAGAUACAGUGAGUCCAGAGGCGCUGAAGGCAGUAAUGAAAGCUGCUGGUGGAUUGGAAAAGGUCGCUGCGCAGAAGAAAAGCAGCCCAGUCAAGACUAGGGACAUUUUAGAAGCGUCAGAGCUGCUUCAGGUGGAGAAGGAGCUGCUUGGGAGCUCUCCGGAUAGGAGGAGAGAUACUGAGGAGAUACUGGACUCGCCUGCCAGAUCUACCAGGUCAAAGACCGCGUCGGCGAGUAAACGACCGAGGUCGGCGACGAAGAAGACGUCACCUGCGAAGACUGUGGUGGAUCGCAGGAAGAGCAUGUCGGUGGUUAACACUAGUGACAGCUUUACGGACACGAUGUUCGCACCCAAUUUACUGGAACAGGAUGCAGGGAGGAGGCCCACGCUGGAUCCGACUGAGGCCGCAUUGGUGGUUGCAGCGCUGCGGAAAGAAGAGCGGAGUUUGAGCAGCUCAACGUUGGAGAUGGAUGUUGAUUCGGACGAUAACGCGCAGCAGUCGAAGCUGAGAGAGAGCAGCAAGACGUCUACUCCAUCGAAGCAGAGCAGGCGGUCACUAUCGCCAGCGAAGGAUCUCACGAACAACAGGAAGGCUGCGACUCCAUCCAAGGACUCGACGACCAGAAAAUCACAGCCGAAGGAGUAUAGGAAAUCACCAUCUCCACCAAAGGAGUCGCCGUCGAAAGAGGAAAAACAAUUGAAGGACUUCGUCAAUAGCAGAACCCCCACUCCGGUUGUAGAGUCCAAGAGCAGAGAUUCUCCGUCACCGGCGAAGGAAACUACGACCAAGAAGUCCCCAUCUCUAGCGAAGGAAACCAAGGGCAGGAAGUCACCAACUCCUACAAGGAGCAACUCUAAGCGAAGAACGACCGUCGAUCCGAGCGACGUGUUCUCAACGUUGGUAAACAGUCCACUGCAACAGGAUGACCGUCGUCAAACUAUCGACGCCAACGGGUUAUUGAUACUUAAUAGCGGAUUUGACUCUCUAUCAGCUGGUGGUAUGAACUCAGCAGAUAAGCGUGGAGAAGAAGCGUCAAGGAAGCGUGCGAGCGAUUCAGACAAGCAAAAAGGAAGUCCUGAAAAGCGUGCUCGCACAAACAGUGACCAGAACGACGCAACUAUGGAGAGUAUGGACGUGGACUCACCUCAGUAUUCAGAAACCGAAUCAAGUACCUCGACCACGGAGCACAAAACAACUGGAAGUGACAAUCAGAAAUCUACUGAUGAGCUACCACUCCCGAAACCUUCACUAUUCUCCCCUCCUCCUCGCCUGAGGACUCCACUGAAAGGUAUCUUGAGUGCGCGGAAGGAGCGUCGUAAUGCAGAAACAACACCGACCAAGUCAGUCAAUUUUGGCCCAUCGCAAGGCGCCGAGUUCAAUCACGGCUCGCCUUCUACGUCCAUGACGCCCAUGCCAGCCAAGGACGCUUCACGGCUUUUUCCGUUGGAGCGGGUAUCGUCAGAGGAAGAACCAGACGACGCAGAGACGUCCUUGAACUCUUCCAUUCUUGAUGAGGCUGACUCACUUGAUGAGGAAGAGCCGAAACAAAUCAAUGUGCGCAAGGUUACGCAGCUCAAGAAGCCGGGAUUUGACCUGCUGCAGUCACGGAGAAGCAGUCUAAUGGCACCGAAAUCGACCGACAAAAGUCAACGACGACACAGCAUGCGGGGCUUUAGUCCUCUUGAUUCUCGUGCUGAAAUUCGACGACGCAGGCGUCAGACCAUCAACGUUACACGCCAAGCCUCGGAGACCACCACAACAACGUCAUUUACUGCCGAAAAGCCGACUACCAGCUCUCAGUCUUCGUUCACGGCAAACAACAACUCGUUUUUACGUCCGACAGCCGUAGCUCAGCCAGUGUGUAUGCCUUACGCAGACUCAUCCGCAUCUUCAGACGCUGGAGAGGACAUGGAGAUUACGGGGGAUUAUUCUAUCGGACUAGGCCACAGUAACGCUGCGGGAAAGCAGUCGCAGUCAUUUACUGGUCUACCGCGCGACGAAGACACUGCGGAGUUUAGUUUGGGGCAUCUUCUCGCGGAAUCUUCCGUCUACGAGCUGACCAAGUCAGCGCCUGACUCUGACCUACAUGAUCUGCCUGGAUCUCUGGGUGACCUGGCUAACGAAGUUGCUGGUCAAAGUAAUCACACGCAGCAAUCGAACGACCAAGACGCUACAAUGGAGGCGAAUGAUACGAUGACUUCUUCACGAAACCAAAGUAACAUGAGUCUUGUAUCGGACGAAAGUGACGACGAAUAUGCUGCCAAACGGGCAUCGCUCCAGGUGAAUCUCAAAUCGCAGUUUGACCGAGUCAGUGAGCCCAGUCAAAGUCCUCGACGACCACUGACGCCCGAGUCUCGUCCUGUUCAGUUGAUUACUAUGGAAGAGCUGUUGUCGUCCGUUGUACUGAACGAAGAGAGCACGUUAGUGGAAGCUGCUGGAGCCUUUUUUGGAGACGAAGCUGAGUCGUCUGACAGCCAAGUCUCGAAGGAUGUAAAGCUGGCUUGUGCCCACGAUACCUGCUCAGCGGUGAUAGAACGUCAUGUCCAAGACGUAUCGUCGUGGUCUGCUGCUGUGACUGAAGAGCUGUCGACUUCGCUUCACGUCAAAGCUCCUGCAGUCUUCAGCCCGGAAAAUCUUGAUGACGCUGGUCGGGAGGCGAUUCAAGCGCUGUAUGCUACUGAGACUCUGGUCGCUCGAACCGGUUGGUGUCAGCUACAGACGCAGAUGGAAAAGCAGCUCACCAGCAGUUUAUCUAUCGGUGCAAAUGCGCUGUCAACUGAUGUGAAAUCCCUGAAGGACAGUGUGGCUGCUGAUGCGUUGAAGCGCCAGGAUGAGCUUGCAGCUAUCAAAGUAAUGAUCGAUCGUGAAGAACAAAUGGCUCUUCUUCUGGAUGCAAUCGAGGAGCAACAAGGAGCGCAUGACGAGUAUGUGAAGGCCGUGAAGGGUCUGGAGAAGGAAUGCUCGUCGCUAUCGUUAGAGGAAUCAGUGUUGCAGAGUCGCUUAAAGGUGCUUGAGGGACGAGCGGCGGAACUGGAGCCUGUGACUUCAGAAGCAGCAACACUCUUUGGACAGGAAGUACUAGCAACGGAGGAGAUGCUGGCGAUCCAGGAGAGCUUAAGUGUGUGGAAAAUUCGGGAGGCUACAGCGUCGAUUCUCCGGCUUAGCGCUCGCUUGGAGGACGUGUUGUUCGAUGUCGAGAUUUGCGUGGAUGUCCAUCUAGGGUCCCUUUCAGCGAGCGAGGCGUCAACUUCGAUCAAAACCAAUGAACUUCUCAAGAGGAGAACAGGCAACACGUACCUUCCCUAUGAGGGCGAUGUGGUGCUCGUGUUGCAGCGACUACUGCUGGAUCCGCACUAUUUAUCUCGAAUAGCGGAUGAAUCCGAGUUGGGAGAUGGAAUCGAUGGCCGGAUAUGCUCAAAGUUGCAAGUGCUGGAGAAUUUCAUCAGUCGCUCGUUCCGGUUAUUGAAGGAGCUGCGGGAAUUGUCGACGCACUUUUCCAUGCGGUACGACGAAGAGGAUAGCACGCUCUGGGUCGAUUUUCUCAAUUUUCCUUCGGUGGCUUCGCGGAUAGACGUCGAGGGUGCUCAGUUUUGUGUUGGCUUCUCGCUUCUUCCUGUUUUCCCCUACACGGACUACCAAACGACUGUGCAGGUGCCUUACGGACAGUUGGUUCGCUCUGUAGAUCUCGACUGAUACUGUAGCGAAGGAGGUUGAGCUAGUAUCCAGACAGGGGCCGAAGUAUUUUACGCGAGUAUGUCGAAGACUUCAUGAGAGUUUUGUGCGGUAGUCAGCGACAGUCUUUUAGGAUUACGUAGUAUCGGCGUGGUUGUGUGCAAGCGGAUAACCACGCCAAGUUAUCUAUUGGGGAGAGACGGAGGUGAUACAACACGUGCUCGUUUGUUGCGGCUGGAGUUGUAAAGUAUAAUCAAAAAUUGCCGAGUCUGUGGUGAUGAGAGCGAGUUCUCUAGUCUGUGUACGGGCCCGUCGUCCAACACUUUAGUCGUCCCAAUCAUCGUCGCUAUCGACCUCUACAGUUUGAGGUGCGCGUGGAUUGGCUCCAGUAUGGUGCGUGGAAUGCAGAGACGGCUGAGCCGCAAGAGUCUACGCAGCAACAAUGUACCAAGUUAGUUCGAUGCCAUAG